UAUGGUUAAAAGAAUUUUUGCUAGAGUUCGGCACUGAUAAGUCGAUUUGUUUGUUACGUGUGCGCGCACAGAGCCCUUUGGGGUCCGACCAACGUACCGAACAGGAUAAUCGAGGAUACUGAAGUGGAAAAAGAAGAAGGAGCUCCAAGGCUGUUGCCUUGAUAAAUAUAAACAAUGGCUUCCCUUGAGGUUUCUACACCCUCGCCACCUUCCCGAGUACACACACCAAGUACCCCAAAGUUUGGUUACGCUGAUUCCUGGGAACCUUUUUCUCCCCGCAAAUCUGCACGUAUUUCAGCACAACGUUCUAGCCAACGCACUCCUUCUCCUCGACCCACCCGUCGCAUCCGCGCAUCUACUAAAUCUACAUCUGUGGACUCUUUUAACCCACCUACUACUCCUCAGAAGAACCGUAAGCCCACCAUGGAUUCGGUUCGUCGCGCUCCUAGUACCUUGGUCGGCCAGGGUACUGCUGCCAACGUCGCAGAAUCAAUUGGUACUGCUUCAUCCCAGCAGAGCUCUUCCGCUACUCUUGUUGCUUCAUCCCGAUCGGGCACCACGCUGCCUACCCCGGCUAAGACCCCUCUCAAGACACCUGAUGAGACUUCCAAGGCCAAGGUCCUUUCCAUGGCGCGCAGCCUCUUCUCGUCUGAUGAUGAUGCUAUGCCUAUCACUAAGAAGAGAAAGGCCAAGAAGUACACUGGAAUUACACUAGAGAGCUUCACCGCCGAGAACGAUGAGGCGCCAAUUGAGAUCUUUACCGAUACCCGCGAUCGCAUCCCAGAGAUUGGCAACCCAGCUGAUAAUCCAUUUUACGGCGAAUCCUCCGAACCUUCUAAGAAGCGAGGAAAGGGCAAGCUAGUCUCUAUCCCGGGUGAAGGACAGCAGUCUAUGGAGGAAGCUCUCAAGCGAACCGAUGGAGCUGUCUAUGUAUUUCGAGGAAAGAGAUUCUUUCGCAAAUUUACCCGCGAAGAAGUAGCCAGCGAACCGGAUGCAGAGGAUGAAGAAGAGGAAUUAGACAACAACCUCGCCAGUGCCCGCCGCAUUCGUCCAUUGACCCGCUCAUCUAUUAAGCCUCGCCUUUUGUUCCCCUCAGCCCAGAAGGUCCAGAAGGUCAGCACUGUCGAAGACGAAGAGGCAGUUACAGACAUUGAAGACCAAGCUACCAACGAUGUCCAAGAAGAUCAGGCCGAGAUUGAAUCUGCUCGCACAGCUCCCCCGGCUACUGAGGCCCCCGUCGUCGGUGUCGCAGCUUCUGCAACCACCGCAGUCUCUAUGGCUCCCACUACUCCCACGCGCGCUACAAGCAAAAAGCCAGGUACACCCGCCGCGCCCCAAUUUGCACUUGCGUCGCCUCCCUCCACCGUUCGAGCUACACGUGCAAGUGAUAGAGUCCGUGCAUCGGAAACCCCGAUCAAGUCGCGCAGCCCCUUCGAUGGCUGGCGUAAAACUAAGAGUCGAGCCGCGCCGCGCGGUCAGAAGAGAGAAGGCGACUCACUCACUCGAGGCAGCGAGUCUAAACGCCAACGUGCUUAGUCUGCAGACAUGUCUGGGUUUUGGGUUCGAUUUGCAGAGUUGUGCGACGU